AGGAGAAGCUCAUGGAGGACAUUUGCAGCAGGUACGCACCCGGCCUCGGGCCGGAUGGCUUCUCGCCGCGCUCGUCGCGGGGGUCGGAGAACCCGUCGCCUGCGGACAGCAGCGACGGCGUCGAGGCCUCAGAGAGGCCCGGCGCCGGCGCGGCGCGCAGGGCGAAACCGCAGCUGGUGAGCGAUUUCCUGCUGUCCGUGCGGCGGGCCUCGACGGAGAAGGACGAGCGUCGCGUGUCGGUGGAGGACGGCGCGACGGCGCCACGCGAGGGCGGCAGGGGCUCCAGGAACACCUGGUCCGCGGCGUCGGCGCCCUCCCUGCUGGCGGGCGCCGGCGACGCGGGCGCCCUGAAGCGCUCGAGGACCCUCGAGACGCGGUGCAGCAGCGAGCACCAACCGAGCGCCGCCUCGGUGCCGGAGGACGAGGAGGAGGCCCCCAGGCGCUGCGCCGAAACCGCCGCGCUGGGCGGCCCCAGGCGCCGGCCGAGCCCGCAGCUCCCCGCCGUGGGCCCCCCCGACGACGGCGCGGAGGACGCGCCGGCCGCCCGGGCCAGGGCGCCGGACGCGGGCACGGACAUGAGCCCGCUCAGGGGCCCGAGGUGGUGCAAGCAGAGGUCCAUGAUCAGCACGGCCAGCGCCGAGCACAGCAGCACGGAGGGGCGGCGCACCGCGCUGCUGAAGGGGGCCUCGGCCAUGAGCAUCCAGACCUGCGACGGCAGGAUCUUCGAGGUUCUCGAGGAGCUGAAGAGCUCGCAGCCCCGGGUGGUGAACUCGCAGCCCAUCAUCGGGCUCCUCGCGGGGUCCCGCCUCGGCUCCACGCGGAACGGGGAGACGGUGGGCGAGGGCCUGUGGGAGCGGUCCAUGGUUUCGCCGAGCUCCAAGAAGACGAUUGCGCGGGAGGCGCUCGGGUCCCUGCUCCUGGUGCACGACUUUGUCAUGGUGCCGUUCCACGUCUUUGGGCCCCUCCUCGGCGCCUGGGAGACGGCCAUGUCGUGGAUCGCCAGGCUUUUCUGGACCCUGGACGUCCCCGCCUCCUUCUUCGCGGGCUACUUCAAGGUGCAGGGCAGCCCCGAGAUGCGGCCCGGGGUCGUCGCGCGGCGCUACGCGCGGACGUGGCUGGCCUUCGACCUGCUGUGCCUCGCCCUGGACUGGACGAACUGCCUCGGGGGCGGCCGCCUGCCCGUCGCCCACGGCUUCCACCUGGGCCACCUCGGGCGCUUCCUGCGCGUGGCGCGCAUCGCCCGGGCCGUGCAGAGCGCCAAGCUGUGGACGGACCGCCUCGUGCGCUCCGAGGAGGUGCGCCUCGUGGGCAGCAUCCUGUGGAGCGUGGUGCUGAUGCUGGGCAUGGCCCACUUCGUCGCGUGCGCGUGGUACGCCAAUGCGGCCGUAGGGGCGGAGGCGAGCUGGCUGCGCGAGAACGGCCUGAGGGACGCCACCGUCAUGGACCACUACGCCUUCGCGCUGCACUGGUCCCUGGCGCAGUACCCCGGGGAGAUGAUCCUUGCCCCAGAAGGCUCCAGCCAGCGGAUGUUCGCACUGGUCGUGGUCUUCCUCUUCUUCGUGGCGGCCGCCAUGUUUGUGAGUAGAAUCACCACGUCGAUGACCCGGCUACACAUCCUAUCCAGCCAUCAGUCGAAGCAGUUCGCUGAGCUCCACCGCUUCCUGAUCGACCACCGCAUCUCCCGCGAGCUCGCGAUGAGGGUUCAUAGAAACGCAGAGCACGCGCUUGCUAUGCAGAAGCGCAACGCGCCGGACAGCAGCAUCGAGCUGUUCCAGAUGGUAUCCUUGGACCUGCAGGUGGACGUCCACUACGAGGUGCACUCCCCCGUGCUGCUGCAGCACCCCUUCUUUCGAAACUUCAUGGAGGUGAACUCCGCGGCCGUCCGGAUGAUCUGCCACACGGGCGCGUCGAAUUUUAUACAGUCCCCUGGGGACAUCGUCUUCAGCAACGGGGAGACGCCGGUGCUGCCGAGGAUGCUCUUCGUCGUUGAGGGCAGUCUCUACUACACGAGGCAGCGCGAGAGAAAGGAUGUCAAGGAGGGGCAGUGGCUGUGCGAAGCGGUCCUGUGGACGAGAUGGACCCACUGCGGUACGCUGAUGGCUCGGAGCGACUGCCGCAUGCUGUCCAUAACCGCGCAAGCCUUCCACAAGGCGUGCGAAAAGUUCCCGUCCCUGCACCCUGGGGAGUACGCGGACCAGUUCGUGCACCACCUCAACGAGUACCUGGACGACCUGACGGACAUGCGCCUCAGCGACGCCCAGGUGGAGAGCAUGCUGGAGGCCGCCUUCCCCGAGUGGCAGGACGCCGCCUCGCCCGAGGCCCUGCGGCCCGACUCGCCCGGCUCGCAGGCCUCCCCCCUGGCGGGCCAGCAGCCCUCCGGGCCCGGCUGGGGCGCCUUCGCGCGCGCCGCGGCCGGCGGGCCCGGGCGCGCGGGCGCGGGCCGCAGGCCGCGCCGCGGCUCGCAGCUGAGCCUGGGCUCCUGCUCCCAGAAGUCCCUGCAGAGCCUGAGCAGCUCGGGCAGCGUCCGCAGCCUGCGCUCGGCCACGAGGCUGCCGCCGCCGCCGCCGUCGCCGCCGAGCGCGCCGGCCGAGGCGGGCGGCGCGGAGUUCAGCGCCAUCGCCUGCGGCGCCCCGCCGCAGCCGCUGCCGCUCGCCUCCGACCUCGGCCUCUGCGCGCCCGGCGAGCCCGGCGCCGGGGAGUUCGCCGGCCUCCGCCUGGCGCUGCCGCACCAGUGCGGGGCCGAGGCGGCGGCGCCGCCCGGGCCCUGAGCGCGCCAGGGCCCCGAGCGCCGCGCGCUCGAGCCCGCCCCUCUGGCGGGGGGCUCCGCCUCGCGAGCUCAGCCGCAGGGGGGCGCUCGCCAGGUCCCCAGACCCCCUCGAGUAAUGAAAAAAUCA